AUGGCACACAAGCUUGAUCAACAACGGGCUAUUUUCCGCCCAACCAAGAGCACCGCUUUCUUUGAUGAUGACGAUGAUGAUUUUAGCGAUUAUUUGACAACAGACGAUACCAGCAGUAUGGCUCGAUCCUUGGCUAGCUCUAUUGAAGCCAAUAGCAUGCGAUCAGAUACGCUAGCUUUGGCUGAAUUCCUUACAUCUACAAGCCCUGAAGAGUUUGCCAAACCUUCGUUGCGUAAACAACAUCAACGUCGAGCAUCUCGUAUCCUCACACGUUUGCGCAAGAGACCUACACGAGGAAGCCUUCAAACGGAUAACUCAUCGGUGAUAAGCAAAGGCAGCAAUAGCAAUCAACAUCAAGCUAAACACAUCCCACUUCCUUCCUAUCAACCACCAUCAUUGCGUGAUUCUGGUGUUUACAGCGAAAUUUCUGAUAAGGAUGUGCAACAUUAUCUUCCUCCUCCUCCUGUGCCACCAGUGCCACAAACACAGCAGCAACCAAUGCACAAUGAUCUACAAAUGUUCCCAAUGCCCCCACCUACAGUGCCUGCCAAAUCGAGUGCACGCCCACAACGACCUGCACCUCUUCCAGAAGAUGUGGCAUCUGCUGCUAUUGCAGCUGCAUCACAGCAAUAUCAACACCAUGACUUGCGUUCGGUGCCACCAGCUGCUCUUAAACGUCGUUCCAUUGUGCGUAAUCGCCAUCAUGUACAAGUACAAUCCUCAAAGGAAGCAACUGAUGAGGCUGCAACAUCAUCAUCAUCCACACAUAACGCACCAAGUGCAUGCCCACAUUGCCGUCAACAUAUUGGAGCUGCCGACAAGAAACAAGAUGAUGGUACUAAUGCACGACGUCCUCGCCGUUUAUCAUCUCCACCAGCCAUGGCUUCUGGUGUCUUGCAACAAAAGCAUUCAACAGCCACACCUGAUCACAACACUUUGCGACAAAUGAUUGAGCGCUUGGAAGCACAGCUUGCUGAAGAACGCCAAUCUCGUCAAAAGCUUGAGCAGGUGAUGCUACGCAACAACCACCAAGCGACUCGAAAAAUGGAGCAAGUUGCAGAAGAAAGGAGCCGUUGGAAAGAUGAUUGCCAAUGGAUGCAAAAUCGAAUUGCUUCAAUGAGCCAGUAA